GGGGCGAGCGGUAAGACUGAAACAAGGCAAUUUGUUGGCCUUACCUGCGCUAACGUGAGGACCCUUGACCUCUGGCUCAAGAUGGCGGCGCCCUAAACUCUAUUUUGACUCUUACCCUAAAGCAACCAAGAUUCAAAGCUCUCGUCAUGUCCAAACUAAGCCGGGCUAGUCGGGCAUUGAAGAAGCCCGAGGCCGGCGGCCUGAUCCGGACCAUUGUGCGGGCCGGGAAGGCCAUGCCUGGGCCCCCACUAGGCCCCAUCCUCGGUCAGCGAGGCGUUUCUAUCAGCCAGUUCUGCAAGGAGUUCAACGAGAAGACAAAGGAUAUCAAGGAAGGCAUUCCCCUGCCGACAAAGAUUUUUGUGAAGCCUGACCGGACAUUUGAAAUCAAGAUUGGACAACCCACUGUUUCCUACUUCCUGAAGGCAGCUGCAGGGAUCGAGAAGGGUGCUCGGCAGACAGGGAAAGAAGUGGCGGGCAUAGUGACUUUGAAGCACAUAUAUGAGAUCGCCUGCAUCAAAGCUAGGGAUGAUGCCUUCGCCCUGCAGGAUGUGCCCCUGUCCUCUGUGGUCCGCUCCAUCAUUGGCUCUGCCUGUUCCCUAGGCAUUCGUGUGGUGAAGGACCUUAGUGCCGAAGAGCUGGCUGCUUUCCAGAAGGAGCGAGCUGAGUUCCUAGCUGCUCAGAGAGAGGCAGAUUUGGCAGCCCAGGCAGAAGCUGCCAAGAAGUGACCCCUGUCCUGCACACUGCAGGAUUUUGAAGGAAACAGCUGGAAGUGGGAGCUGGGAGCAGCAUCAUUUUCCUGAUUUUA